AUUUAAAACUAUUUUAUUUUAGGAUUUUAAAAUAAAACAGGAAAAAAAUCUACAAUUAUGUCUCACUGUUUGAUUGUUAUAUUAACCAUAAUAGCGGCCACAACAACAACACUGGCCAUAUCUGAUAYGGCCAAACAUAUAUUGGAUCAGGUAAACAAGGCACGGUUAGCCAAUGCAACCAACCUAUGGAAGAUCAAUCUAUCGGAUAAGGAUGUAACUGCUAAUGUGACCAUGGUGGUCGACAGUUUCCGCAAUGCUACCCAAAAUUUCCAACAACACAGUUGUCUUAAGUUGACCGAUGAAGAGAUGGGCAAAGGUGUCGGCUUUGAAAACAGAGGCUGUUAUGAGAGACUGGCCAAUGAUAUUGUCGAUCGGAUCAGAAAACACAAGGAAUGGCUUUGGAUUGUUGUCAGCGAAACGGCAUUUAUAGGAUCAUCGUUUGGCACCACUAGUAUAGCAACCUAUCAGUUCCAGUUGGGACCACUGUUUCUCGGUGUGUUUCAGGAACAGGGAUAUGACACCAAUAGUCAAAUUGCUAAGAAACCAGUGACCAACUAAAUAAAAWCACAUUAUACU